AGGUCGGCUGAGCCAGGAGCUUGGGUCGAAGGUGCGGCGGCCGUAAGGGGACGCCGGGCUCAGGCCCCACGCGGCCCGAGGAGGCACCCGGGCUGGGGCCGGAGAGCCGAGCCACGAGCCGGGUUUCUCAGCUCUGCUGGCGUGCUGGGGGCGAAGCGGCCGUGGGUGGACUUGCUGAGGAUCGCGACCUUGAGAGGAUCACCGUUGCCUUCCGGGACCCGCUCAUAGCUGAGCUAGUUCUUUCAGCUGACUUUCAAGAUGAAUUUCGUCCUAACGGCAAGUGAAAUCCGGCAGCGAUUUAUAGAUUUCUUCAAGAGACAUGAGCACACCUAUGUUCAUUCAUCCGCCACCAUCCCGCUGGAUGACCCUACUUUGCUCUUUGCCAAUGCGGGCAUGAACCAGUUCAAGCCUAUCUUCCUGAACACCAUUGACCCAUCUCACCCCAUGGCAAAGCUGAGCCGAGCUGCCAAUACCCAGAAAUGCAUCCGAGCUGGGGGCAAGCACAAUGACCUGGAUGACGUGGGCAAGGACGUUUACCAUCACACCUUCUUUGAGAUGCUGGGCUCUUGGUCUUUUGGAGAUUACUUCAAGGAAUUGGCAUGUAAGAUGGCCUUAGAGCUUCUCACCCAGGAGUUUGGCAUUCCCAUUGAAAGACUCUACGUGACUUACUUUGGUGGGGAUGAAGCAGCAGGUUUAGAACCGGAUUUGGAAUGCAAACAGAUCUGGCAGAAUUUGGGCCUGGAUGACAGCAGGAUCCUCCCUGGCAACAUGAAAGAUAACUUCUGGGAGAUGGGUGACACGGGCCCGUGUGGUCCCUGCAGUGAGAUCCAUUAUGAUCGGAUUGGUGGUCGGGACGCUGCGCAUCUGGUCAACCAGGAUGACCCCAACGUGCUGGAGAUCUGGAACCUGGUGUUUAUCCAGUAUAACAGGGAGGCUGAUGGUGUUCUGAAACCCCUUCCCAAGAAAAGCAUCGACACAGGCAUGGGCCUGGAGCGGCUGGUGUCCGUGCUGCAGAACAAGAUGUCCAACUAUGACACGGACCUGUUCAUGCCAUAUUUUGAAGCCAUUCAGAAGGGCACAGGUGCCCGACCAUACACUGGGAAAGUUGGUGUGGACGAUGUGGAUGGCAUUGACAUGGCCUACCGGGUGCUAGCUGACCACGCCCGAACCAUCACGGUGGCUCUGGCCGAUGGCGGCCGGCCUGACAACACAGGGAGGGGGUAUGUGCUGAGACGGAUUCUUCGCCGGGCUGUUCGAUACUCCCACGAGAAGCUCAAUGCCAGCAGGGGUUUCUUUGCUACAUUGGUAGAUGUUGUCGUCCAGUCCCUGGGGGACGCAUUUCCUGAGCUUAAGAAGGACCCAGACUUGGUCAAAGACAUCAUUAAUGAAGAAGAGAUGCAGUUCCUCAAGACUCUCAGUAGAGGGCGCCGCAUCCUGGACAGGAAAAUACAGAGCUUGGGAGACUGCAAGAUCAUUCCGGGAGAUACUGCCUGGCUGCUCUAUGACACGUAUGGCUUCCCGGUGGAUCUCACUGGCCUGAUCGCCGAGGAGAAGGGCCUGGUGGUGGACAUGGAUGGCUUCGAGGAGGAGAGGAAGCUAGCCCAGCUGAAAUCACAAGGCAAGGGAGCUGGCGGGGAAGACCUCAUCAUGCUGGACAUCUACGCUAUCGAAGAGCUCCGGGCAAAGGGCCUGGAGGCCACAGAUGAUUCCCCCAAGUACAAUUAUCAUGCAGACGCCAGCGGGAGCUAUGUGUUUGAGAGCACCGUGGCGACAGUGCUGGCUCUGCGCAGGGAGAAAACAUUCGUGGAAGAGGUGUCCACCGGCCAGGAGUGCGGAGUGGUGCUGGACAGAACCUGCUUCUACGCCGAGCAAGGAGGGCAGAUCUACGACGAAGGCUACCUGGUGAAGGCCGACGACAGCAGCGAGGACAAAACCGAGUUCACCGUGAAGAACGCUCAGGUGCGAGGAGGCUACGUGCUGCACAUCGGGACCGUGUACGGCAGCCUGAAGGUGGGCGACCAGGUCCGGCUCUUCAUUGAUGAGCCCCGACGGAGACCUGUCAUGAGCAACCACACCGCUACCCACAUUCUCAACUUCGCGUUGCGCUCGGUGCUCGGGGCGGCCGACCAGAAAGGCUCGCUCGUUGCCCCUGACCGCCUUCGCUUCGACUUCACUGCCAAGGGGGCCAUGUCCACACAGCAGAUCAAGAAGGUUGAGGAGAUUGCUAACGAGAUGAUUGAAGCAGCCAAGCCUGUCUACACCCAGGACUGUGCCUUGGCAGCAGCGAAAGCCAUCCAGGGCCUGCGGGCUGUGUUUGACGAGACCUACCCUGACCCUGUGCGGGUUGUGUCCAUCGGAGUCCCAGUGUCCGAGCUCCUCGAGGACCCCUCUGGGCCUGCUGGCUCCCUCACCUCCGUGGAGUUCUGUGGGGGAACGCACCUGCGGAACUCAAGUCAUGCUGGAGCUUUUGUGAUUGUGACCGAAGAAGCGAUUGCCAAGGGCAUCAGGAGGAUCGUGGCGGUCACAGGUGCCGAAGCCCAGAAGGCCCUCAGGAAAGCCAAGAGCUUGAAGAAAUCCCUCUCGCUCAUGGAGGCCAAAGUGAAGGCCCAGACUACGCCAAACAAGGACGUGCAAAAGGAGAUCGCUGACCUUGGGGAGGUCCUGGCCACCGCUGUCAUCCCCCAGUGGCAGAAAGAUGAGCUGCGUGAGAUGCUCAAGUCCCUGAAGAAGAUAAUGGACGACCUGGACCGCGCUAGCAAAGCGGACGUCCAGAAGCGGGUGUUGGAGAAGACGAAGCAGCUCAUCGACAGCAACCCGAACCAGCCGCUCGUCAUCCUGGAGAUGGAGAGCGGCGCCUCGGCCAAGGCCCUGAAUGAAGCCCUGAAGCUCUUCAAGACACACUCCCCGCAGACGUCCGCCAUGCUCUUCACGGUGGACAACGAGGCCGGCAAGAUCACGUGCUUGUGCCAGGUUCCCCAGAAUGCUGCCAACCGGGGCCUCAAAGCCAGCGAGUGGGUACAGCAGGUGUCAGGCCUGAUGGACGGCAAAGGCGGUGGCAAGGACAUGUCUGCCCAGGCCACAGGCAAGAAUGUGGGCUGCCUGCAGGAGGCAUUGCAGCUGGCCACUUCCUUUGCCCAGCUCCGCCUGGGAGAUGUGAAGAACUGA